UACAAUCCGAUGUAUUCCGAGUAAAUAGUAGCAGAAGCUAGGUCGACCCUUGUACACAGUACAGCUGUAAAUAAGUUCUUUAGGGCACAUUGAUUUUAUUAUGACACUAGUGCAAAUGGAUUUAAGGAGACACUAUCAAUUUAUUUCAUAACGUCAAGACGACAGCAUACCAUGUUGCUCAAAGAGUACAGAAUAUGUAUGCCUAUGACAGUUGCAGAGUACCGCAUUGGACAGCUGUACAUGAUUGCAAAACACAGUCAUGAACAAAGUGAAAAGGGAGAGGGUGUGGAAGUGAUCAAAAAUGAAAAGUGCGAGGACCCAGUUCAUGGCCAAGGGCAGUUCACAGAAAAACGGGUCCAUCUUUCAAGUCGAUUACCAGCAUGGAUACAGAAGUUGAUCCCAAAAAUAUUCUAUGUGACAGAGAAAGCCUGGAAUUAUUAUCCUUUUACUAUAACAGAAUAUACAUGCUCAUUUAUGCCAAAAUUUACAAUCUACAUUGAAACAAAGUAUGCUGAUGACAAUGGCUGCAGCGAAAAUUUUUGUAAUCUAAGUGAGGCCGACCUGAAGGAGAGGAAGGUGGAGGAGUUAGAUAUAGCAUAUGACACCAUUUCUGAGAAAAACUACAGAGAGGCUGAGGAUCCUUUAAAAUUUGUAUCACAGAAAACAGGGAGAGGGCCACUUCCAAAGGGUUGGAGGGAUACUUUAAAUCCAGUAAUGUGCUCAUAUAAAGCUGUAAAAGUGAAAUUUGAAGUCUGGGGCCUUCAGACGAGAGUGGAAGAGUUCACUCAUCGAAGCGUCAGGGAAAUUCUUCUGCUGGGACACAGGCAAGCCUUUACGUGGAUAGACGAGUGGUUUGAUAUGUCUAUAGAUGACAUUCGUGACUAUGAAAAGAAGAUGAAUGCAGAGACAAAUGAAAAAGUCCUAAGAUAGCACAAGCAAAGAAACUGCCUCUAAUCCAUUGGCAUGGCAGUUAUUGGAAAAAAUCGGGUCAAGUUAAUUUUUCAUGUGUUCAUACUUUGACACAAGGAUCAUUUAAUCCAAGAAUUUUUCAAUGUAAAUUUUGUCCAUUAUUACAUUAUGUGUUAAUAGAACUGCAAUUGUGAUAAGAGAAUGUGUUAUAAUUGUUGUAUUUUGAAUUCAUUUAUAUGUCAAAAAUGCAUGUCCUAUGUCAAAUACCUGGUGGAUUUGGACAGUGAUGGCAUGAAAGUCUUGAUAUUCUGAAUGAAUUAUUAACAUGUACCUUAAAUCAAUCUUAAUAGGAUCCAUCCUUUCUGUAGGUUACUGUAAAAGUGGUUAUUUAACCUGGGGGUUAUAAGUACAUGUUUAUGUGUAGGUUACUGUAAAAGUGGUUAUUUAACCUGGGGGUUAAGUACAUGUUUAUGUGUAGGUUACUGUAAAAGUGGUUAUUUAACCUGGGGGUUAAGUACAUGUUUAUGUGUAGGUUACUGUAAAAGUGGUUAUUUAACCUGGGGGUUAAGUACAUGUUUAUGUGUAGGUUACUGUAAAAGUGGUUAUUUAACCAGGGGGUUAAGUACAUGGUUUUUGUCCAACAUUACACGUGGGGGAAAAAUACACAGUAACUGAAUAUAUUAUAAAAUAACCACUUUCAGAGUAUGUACUGUGAAAUUACUCAUUUUCAUGCUGAUCUAAUUUUUCUCAUUUAAAAAUAUUCAAGACAUCAAAUUCAGAAAGUGAACCAACUCCGAACUUGUAAAAUCAAGACACCAUGAACAUGCAAAAUCCUUCCAAACCACAAAAAUGUGACUGCGUAAAAUCAUAAUUUUACAGUAUGAUAUAUCCAUUAUUAGGAUUCUGCUGCAAUAGGCCAGUGAAGUGAAGAAAAUUUUCAGUUGAGGUCUCUGUAAAAUUUGACUUGUGAAACAUUUUUCUAUAGACUGUUUCUACAUACAUGUACUUGAUUACAUGUAUUUUAAUGUCAGACUGCUGCGACAUGCUUGAUUACAUGUAUUUUAAGUUGAUAUCAGACUGUAACCUUGAACUUUAACAUGGUUAUACCUGCACAGGUAACUACAGUAAUUGUGUAUCAUAGUGGUCAAUGGACAUAAUGUUGUACUGUAUUUGCCAAAACUGAGCAGUUUUGUUUUAAUGUACGUGUAUAUAUUUUUAAAUAUGUUGCAGAGACAUGCAAAUUUUAAAGUCUUCACCUCAUGUGUAUAUAGAUAUAUAUAUUCAGGAAAUAAUUUGAAUCGUAUCCAUAUCAUAAAAAUGAAGAUUCUUAACUGUUUACCUCACUUAGAUUAGCCUCUCUGAUUGAAGUUAGUCCAUUGUCUGUUUAUCUGUCUGUAAGCUUUUCACAUUUUUAACUUCCUCUCAAGAGCCACAUGAUAAGUUUAAAACAAAAUUGAAACAAGCAUUUAUGGGUGAAAAGGAUACAUGUAUAAGUUUAUUCAAGUGAAGGACUAUGCUGUCUUCCAAGUGAAGAUAAUGAUGAAAUAGUCAAGUGUGGGUGUUUAAAAAUUCUUGUCAAGAACCAUUGAAUCAUAAAAAGCCAAAACACCUUAAAGUUUCCUUACAUAAUGGAGAUUCAGAACCUCAAAGAUGAUAGAAGUAACAUUCAAGCAUCUUCAUGUAUUGUCAUUUGUGUUCCCGGGGCUGCUGCAGAGCACCAGAUUUUAAAGGAUCAAUUCAGGGUAACAAGAAAAAAACCUAUUGGGCCAGAUUUGUCUUUACAAAAAGCUCAUCCAUAUUUGUUCUAGUAUAUGAAUUUAGGCCAAACAAUUGCAAAAGUUGUUUUUCACACGUUGCAAUGCCUUUAGUACUUGGAUAUAGGAGGAAAUGCUUACUACGAUGUAGCACGAUACGUUAAUGUGUUUUUUAAGUUCAUUAUUUCCAAAUAAUAUUUCCUAUUUUUGUAAACUUUAAUCCUGCAUUUUUGGCAUAGAACAUCUCCAAUACACACAUUUAUACCUAGCAAUGAAAUACAGUUGUUGGUCAAUAUAUUUCCAACAGAACUCCUCCUUCCUUUGACAAACAUCAAUUUUUGCCUAGCAUGUUUUUAUACAUAGCAUAUGUACUUGAGUUGAGUAACACAGAAUGAAUGGUUAUUGUCCUCAGAACAAAGUCUGCUAUUUCGAUGUUCCACUUGAUUGCGUUUGCGUAGAGGGGAUUUACAAUUUGCUUUCACUUAAAUGUCUUUAUGUUCCGACAUUAGAAACAUUCCCAAGGAGACUUUAUUGCAGGCUAAACCCAACACCAGCUGAACUGAAACGUGUCAUUUAUUAAGUAAGCUGCCCUCCAAAGGCAUAAUGGGCAAUAAGUAAACAUGUUUUAAUAAAUUUUAGGUUCAAAUUGUAAUUAAAAAAUACGGCCAAAAAAAAAAGCCAUGAAAGUUGAUAUAACAAUAGACUUUUUCAGCAAAAUUGUUCUCCUAAUUACCCCGGUAGAUCUUUUUUUUUUUUAAUGUUACUCUGAAUUGAUCAUUUAUAGACUAAUUCUGAAAUCUAAAUUAAACUAUAAGAGUACAAUUUGUCAAAAUAUGUAAGCUUUCUCCUGCAAGUGUAAUUCAUUAAUUCAAACCUUUACCAUAACCGGGGUAAGGCCACAAUAGGGUUUAAACUAAUGUUUUACAUAGGAUGUAGGGAAACUCUUUGAAGUCUUCUAUGAUUAAGAGCCAAAAGGAUAUAUUUUUUCAAUUAUUAUACAAUUUUCCUCACAUACUAUACUCGCACAAUUACAUGUACCCACUAGCUGGGCAAUGUUUGGACCACACAGUUUGCAGUGGAUAAUGCAACUGUUCAGGUGAGCGAUGAAACUCACAGUCACAGGCUUCUUGUUACGGACUUGUAAAUUCUUUUUUGUUCAACUGAAUAGCACAAUGUAUAUAUAUAGUGUUGGGAAAAUAACACUGGAUUUUUUCCCCAUGAUUUAGGUAUAGAUUUACAGGGAUAUAUCGAAUGUAGCUAAUUUAAAAUACUGAGAGUAGUAACAUUCCAUUUUUUUUUUUAAUUUACCAUUAAUUGAAGAUUGCAGCCAAGAUAGUUUGCUUUGUCUGCCUUUUCACAAUAUUAUUGAAUUAUCUUUCAGCCACUAGUGAGAAUGAAAAAUAAACACCAAUUGGUACUUUACAUGAAUUUAUUGAGCAAUGACAUCAUAAAAACACAAUACACCAGUGUUGGAUGAUACUGGCCGCAAAAAUUAGUAGGAGUCAAGGGAGACAACUAGGAUACCAUAAACCAAUGGGCAAACUAGUGGCCUCGCUUUGAUGCGAGUGCCAAGGAAACCCCAUGCCUAACACGCAUGGUGGCUAGGCACACAAGCUGCACAGCUUUUACACCCUGUCUCUGGCUUGCUACCUGGUUUAGAACUUUCACACCACCCAGCCUGUAGCCUCUCCUCCUUUUAUAGAGGUAGAGGGGGUCUGAGCACUGAAAUGCUGCAGACCCCAAGCAGUUUCCAGUUAUUCCACACAUUUGCUCAAUGGCAUUUAACUUCCAUGUUAACACACAGCCAUGAGACAUCCCUCAUGCUUUGAUGCAGAUGGGCAGAGACAACAGGUUAAGCUUGUACACUUAUUGGCCUUAAUGUUUCCCUGACUCCUCCCCCUUAAAAUUGCGACAAAUGUAAGAAAAGAAAAAUUAUCUGGAUAUUUAUUCAAUAGUCCUCUUUCGUUGACUGGUUGGCAAUUAGCAAGGUGCAACUAUCGUCAUAUGAGCAGUCCUAUGCAAGUACAAAAACAGGCUCAGCUUAACUGAAUCCACGCCCUGCGAUUUACCUAAAAAUAUAACAUACUUGGCGCAGAUUAUUUGACCAAAGUAAAACAAAUUGAUGGUUUACUUAACUUUUUCAAAAUAUGGGGAGGGUGGGUGGGUAACGUGCUGUUGUUCCUUCCACUUGAGUGGGGUGCAAAAAGGAAGAGGAAGUUGCAAUACUAGUUAACUCCUCCUGAUGCUGACUUUCUUAAAAUAAGUUAGCUUGUACCAAGUUAAGUCCUAUUGUAUAAUGCUAUUCACUCAAUUAAAUGAGAUUAUCUCAUAUCCAUCUCAAUAAUCUAUAUUAAUUGAAGAUUGCAGCCAAGAUAGUUUGCUUUGUCUGCCUUUUCACAAUAUUAUUGAAUUAUCUUUCAGCCACUAGUGAGAAUGAAAAAUAAACACCAAUUGGUACUUUACAUGAAUUUAUUGAGCAAUGACAUCAUAAAAACACAAUACACCAGUGUUGGAUGAUACUGGCCGCAAAAAUUAGUAGGAGUCAAGGGAGACAACUAGGAUACCAUAAACCAAUGGGCAAACUAGUGGCCUCGCUUUGAUGCGAGUGCCAAGGAAACCCCAUGCCUAACACGCAUGGUGGCUAGGCACACAAGCUGCACAGCUUUUACACCCUGUCUCUGGCUUGCUACCUGGUUUAGAACUUUCACACCACCCAGCCUGUAGCCUCUCCUCCUUUUAUAGAGGUAGAGGGGGUCUGAGCACUGAAAUGCUGCAGACCCCAAGCAGUUUCCAGUUAUUCCACACAUUUGCUCAAUGGCAUUUAACUUCCAUGUUAACACACAGCCAUGAGACAUCCCUCAUGCUUUGAUGCAGAUGGGCAGAGACAACAGGUUAAGCUUGUACAGGGAUGAUGUCUCCCUUGACCCCGCCACAAACAUCGAUAUGAUGUUCCCCACCAAUUGCUCUAGAGAGUAUCUAUCUCCUAAAUGAAUGACAGGUUAUAGGAACCAACCACAAGUGACAAGAUUCUGCAAACUAUUGCGUAGGGAAGAUUUUGCCCUUUCCCCCCAAAAUAAAUUCCAAACCACCCUGUAUGUUAUUUAAGUAAGCUUGAUUUCCACUUUCGGCUAGAUGAGUUCCGUCAUACCUAAAUAAACUGGUUUGAUGGACGUUUAUAUUUCUGUCAUGAACAAUGCAAGCUCCGUUAACUUGAGAGGUAACAAAUUUCUUAAUAGCCUUAUUAACCUUGCGUCUUUUUAGAUCGAUCUUAGCGCCACCCUUACCUAGAGGUGCACCAUGCCAGUAAAGACGGGGAAGCAUUGUUGACCAAAUGAGCAAAGUUUUUGGUAGCAAUGCAUUGUAGCGAUACAAGCUACAUUGAAUUUCAUGUGCAAAUCUAAGUGCAGUAUUGCCAGCUGUUGUUAGAUCGUUUGACCCAGCAUGAAUAACCAAUACAUCUGGUUGUGGUUGAUGUUUGCGUUCUUCUGUUAUCAGUUUGUCGAGGUCUUGCCAUUUUAGCCCUCUUAUCCCCUUCCAAAAGAUGUCAACCCCUAGAUUGAGGUUCUUUCCGCCCGGUCUCCUCCGUGCCUCUUCACCAGCCCAAAAAGGUAUAGACGAUCCUACUAUCCAAACUGUCUUGAAACCUGGAAUACUUUUGGCAAAUUAGCCUGUAUUCCAUUCAACAAACCAUUACAUUAUAAUCUUAUGUAGUUUUGAAAAGCAUUUGACUCCCACCUUCCCAAAGAUUUAAUUUCUGAAUCUGAAACCCCUUGUUUUGCCAUAUCUGUGGCUCUCCCAAUUCUGAAGCUAUGUGGCCUAAAAUGUCCCUGAAUGUCAUUAAAUUUAAGUGUUUUCUGUAGCAUGCAAUUAAACUGGUAUCUUGUUACAUGUUUGUAAUCCAUAUGGAUGAAAAAUAAGGUGGAGUCACUGUUAGGGCGCAACCGUAAAAACUUGAGUACCCAUUGCACUGGACAAGUAUCAGAAUUGGCAUGUUUGGAAAUCUGCAACGUAGUUGUAUUUCCAAUUUGGUCAGUUUUAGACCUUGGAAUUAGAAUGCUGACAUUGUUCUUAGUAAGGGAAAUGUGUGCCCUAUGGAUAGACAAGACUUCACUAACCCUAAGCAAGCCGUGAUAUGCAAUUGAAAAAAUUGUGGAAAAUAAUGCUGCCUCAUAUGGUGAUCUACAGACUGAUGGCAAUGCUGAUACUACACGUUGCAAAAUAGAUAUGGUUAAUGGGAUUCGUGGAUCUACAGGGUUACCUCGCUUUUUGUGCAGACCCUGCAAGGCUUUUUUGACGAUGAAUGAUUGAGUAUUAUCCUGUAUGCCUCUUAAUUUGUGAAAAUAUGAUAGGGCACUAAUGUAUAAUGCAGCUGUUCUAUAAGCUGUACCUGAAAUGGACAAAUGAGCAAUAAAAUUAAGCAAGUGGUCAAUGGGAAUAGGAAAAACCAUUGCAAUCCCACAGUUACUCAAGAAUUUUUUGAAACUGGUAAAAGCCCCUUGAUAAGCUUUGUAUGUGUUGACUGAGAGGGAACCCUGGAUAAGCCUGUUUGCCUCACUUUUUAAAUUUCCCAAAUGUUCUUGGGAAGUGGUGCUGGCCAUGGAUCUGCUGUUGGUGCUAGUCGUCGGAAUUUGCCCCACUGUGAACGAGAGAGACAAUCCGCGAUAGAAUUUAGCUUAGAUGGUAUGUGUCUUGCUUUAAUUAAGAUGUUAUGCUUGAGACAUGUUAGAACCAGUUUUCUUACAAUUUUCAUGACCCUAGGUGACCUUGAUGUUGUUUUGUUGAUAACAUGUACCACUGCCAUAUUGUCAAUGUAAAACAAGAUUCUGUAGUUGGCAAAUUGAUGCUUCCAUACUUCAAUAGCUACUUGGACUGGGAAGAGCUCUAAAAAAGUCAUGUCUCGGGUUAGGCCUUGUGCCAACCAACUACUGGGCCACUGAGCAUAUGCCCACUUGCCUGCAAAAAAUAUACCAAAACCCCCCGAGUCUCCCCCUGCACUGUCAGUGUAAAGUUCGAGAGUGUCGUUAUUGACCCAUAUGCUCUUUGUAAUGACUGAUAUACCAUUAAAAGAUUGAAGGAAGGUGAGCCAGACUUGGAGGUCAGCUUUCAUUUCUAAUGUUACCCGGGUAUGGUGAUGUGGUUUGCCAAGGCCGAUUGUUGCAUCGGUUAGUCGUAGACAGAAAGCCCUACCUGGAGCUAUGACUCUACAUGCAAAAUUCAAAAGCCCCAAUAUGGACUGAAGUUGCUGAAGUGUUACCUUUCUAAAAGUCAUAAUGUCAAGAAUUUUGUGUUUAAUUUCAUGAAUUUUUUCCCAUGGUAAUUUCCUGAUCAUUUGCACCGUAUCAAAUUCGAUGCCCAAGAAAGUAAGAACUUGGGUUGGAUAUACUGUUUUGUCAUUUGCAAUUGGGACCCCUAGAUCACUGCACAGGGAAAGAAAGGUGUCCAAGGUAUUUUUGCUUAUGGAAUGCUCUCUGCCGCAGAAAAAGAAGUCAUCCAGAUAAUGCAGAAUAGAGGAAUUUUGUGAACGAUUCUGUGUCAACCAAUGCAGAAAGCAUGCAAAUCUGUCCCAGAUUGCACAACUUAUCUUGCACCCAAAUGGAAGCAUCUUGUCAUAAUAGAAGGCAUCGUUAAAGCAAAAACCUAAUAAAUCGAAAUCCGUGCUAUUAAUUGGUAGCAACCUAAAGGCUGAUUUGAUAUCAGACUUGGCAAGAUAAGCCCCCCUACCUAAUUUGGCAAUAAUGUCAGCAGCAUCAUCUAUAGUUGAAUAGGUUACAGAACUCUGUUCUGGGUCGAUAAAAAAUUUAUUGAAGCAUUUUCUGGAUAUGAUAAAUGGUGAAUAAGGCGGUAGUCGCCAUCUUUCUUGGGAACAAGGCCUAAUGGAGAAACUUGCAAAGUUGGAAAAGGUGGUUCUAUAAAGGGGCCUGCCACUCUCCCCAAUGUAACCUCUUUACAAAUCUUUUCCUCUGCAACUGAAUAUUGUCUGCCUAAACUUGUUAGAUUUUUUGAAAACCUGGGUGAUCUAGGACCAGAAUAUUGUAGUUUAAAGCCAUGUUGAAAACCCUCCCGUAAAAAAUGAUUAUCUGAAUAAUUUUGUGAGUAGUAAAUGACUCUGUCUAAUCUUAUAGGGGUCUUGCCCAAUUUAUACAGCUGAGUUGGAAGAACAGUUGUUGGCUGGAUGUUUUCCUCCGCAUCUCCUACAGGUGUGCUUGAACCUGCAUUUUGGGAAGAAAUUACACUUUUUACCCUGAUUGAAAUGAUAGCAGUAUUGGGUAACAGCAGAUGUGCUGCUCUGACUUGAAAAUUGCUUAUUAUUACUGAAUUGAGUUUGACUAUGGAAUGGACUCUGGCCGGUCACAUAUAGUAGCCAAAAUUCCUGACUGAUAAUGCCCCAGGAGGAUUCAGGAUUGCUAGCUUUGCGGAGACGGUAUUGCUCGUCGUAUUUGUACCAGCCUUGGGAUCUAGUGGCAGCUAAUCUGAUAUCUCGCAUGUAUUUUAAAAACUCCUGGGCCCGAGCUCUGUAUUUUUCCAACAUAACGCUCAUGUAAAUCAUGAAGGCAUUAGUCCAUUUAUCAAUUGUCAGGUAUGAACUAUCAUUAGACCUGACAACGCAGAAUUUUCCAUCCCUGAUUUUAAUUUCGCCUUGACCCCCCAAACUAUAGUCAAUCUCUUUUGCUGAUUUUAACAGCAAACCUAAAUCAACAAAUUGCCCAUCCCAAAUUUUUUGCUUCAGUUUCAAAGGGAUGUGUUGACCUACAUUAUCAAAGUAGCUAAGUUCUGGUACAGGGGUGAAGUCAGCAACAUUUAAAUCUAAAGAAAAAUCAGAGUUACCAAUAUUGCCAAAGUUGGCAGGCACAAACUCCCCCAAAUCUGGUGCAGCCUCACUCCCUGGCACGCUCUCUGAAGAUUCCUGGUGCUGGAAGGGGGGUUGGUUAUCUCUCACUUCUUUAGUUCCAGGCUUUUGCUGCCUAGUGUUGUGGCGAGACUUUUUUUGUCCUCUGCCCCGGGCUGGAGAAACCAUUCCCCCAUCUCUUUUUCUCUUUGGAGGCAUGGAUUGGCCUUGAUUGUGAAAAAGUGCUUAACGUGCUGUUGUUCCUUCCACUUGAGUGGGGUGCAAAAAGGAAGAG